AUGACUUGUAAGCGCUUGUCCAAGCUACAGACGCGGGCUGAGUGGGUCUUCCACGGCAAUCCCAAGUUCUUCGCCAAGCACCCAAAGAAGGUACGCAUUUCCUUAGUGGUCGCCGCACUUCAAGCAUGCGGUCUCUUGGGCGAUCUCCAAACCGGCACGAAGAUCCACGACGACGCCUCACGAGAAGCCGGGGAUGAUUCCACCAACAAGUAUGUAGCCAACACGCUCGUGAGCAUGUAUGCCAAAUCCGGGAGCUUGGAAGAAGCUCGAGCAGUGUUUGGCCGGAUGAUCUUCCGGACUGCUGCGUCCUGGACGUCUCUCAUCCUCGGCUAUGUCGACCGAGGCGAUGGAGAGCUCGGCCUCAAGCUCUUCGAGUGCCUGCUAGCGCAAGGAGACGCAGCUCCUUGCCUGGAUGCCCGAGUCUUCGUCGCUGCUCUCAAAGCCUGUGCCUGUCUGGCCGAGAAGGAGCACAGUCGCCUUGUCGAUGGAAGAUUGGUGAAGCUCCAGUCUCUCGGCAAAGGCAUGGAUGUCCACUCUCGAGCUGCCAAGCUCGGCUUCGUCUCGGACAAGUUCGUCGCCAAUACUCUGGUGGACAUGUACUCCAAGUGUGGAAGCUUGGAGAAUGCCCGAGCUGUUUUCCAGGAAAUGGCUUGUCCCGACGUUGUUUCCUGGACUGCCCUCGUGCUCGGACAUGCGGACAAUGGCGAAGAAGAGCUGGCCUUGAAAAUCUUUUCCAGGAUGCAAGCCUCCGGCGUCACUGCAGAUGCUCUGAGCUUUGCGGCCGCUCUCAAGGCCUGCCUGGGAUUGACGAGGAAACACUCCGCCGGUAGUAGCAAGUUCCUGUUCGACAAAGUUGUAGAAAUCCACUGGCAAGCCGAGAGAUGUGGCCUUGACUUGCAUGUCCACGUUGCGAGCUCGUUGAUCGAUCUGUAUGCCAAACUUGGAAGCGUUGUAGAUGCUCGGAGGCUCUUCGAGAGGACCAAGACGAGGAGAGAUCCGACGAUCUGGACGGCCAUGGUCCUCAGCUACGCUGAAAGCAGAGAGCCCGAGCUCGCUGUGAAACUGUUCCAACGGAUGCUAGCUGCCGAAGACGUCACCUGUGCACCAAAUCAACUGACUUACGUCGCCGCUCUCAAAGCCUGUGCUGACCUUGCAUCUAUGGAAGUAGUCGAGACGAAGCAGCAGCAGCAGCUAGAAGGCAAACCUGUGAAGACGACGACUCUCCAGAGAGGUAUGCUCAUUCACGCACACGCCGCAAAGACUGGCUUUGAUUCAGACCCCUUCGUCGCUAACACGCUGGUGGACGUGUACUUCAAAUGUGGGAGCCUGGCUGAUGCUUCGAUGGUCUUCUUUCACAGGAUGCCAGUCCGAACUGUAGUCUCCUGGAACGCUGUGAUUCUCGGAUACGCUGAGAAUGACGAGGAGGCGCUGGCUUUGGACCUGUUUCGAGUCAUGGAAGCCGAGGGCUGUCAAAAACCGGAUGCUCUGACUUACGCUGCUGCUUUGAAGGCAUGUAGCAACUUGGCCGAAAAGGAAGCUGCUGUCAAAGGAGUCGAUGGACAAGUCCUCAAGCCCGUGGCUCUUAGCCGAGGUGUCGAAGUUCACUCGAGAGCUGUUGCCGCGGGCUGUGAUACGGAGAAGUUCGUCGCCAGCAGCUUGGUAAACAUGUACUCCAAAUGUGGGAGCCUGAUGGAGGCCUGGAAAGUCUUCGAGCCGAUUUCUUACAAUGAAGAAGUUGACGUGAUAUCCCUGACCUCCCUGAUGCUGGCAUGUGCUGAAAACAACCGGCCAGAGCUGGCUUUGCAACUUCUCGUUCGAAUUCAAGCACCCGAUCCCCGAGCCUUUGCGGCUGCACUCAAGGCCUGUGCGAUCCUGGCGCCUGUAGAGACUGUCCGAGAAAUCCAUGCUUGCAUCUCGAGAUCUGGAUUCGAGGGCGACCUGUUCCUGGUUAACUGCCUGGUUGAAGUCUACGGACGGUGUGGCAGCAUAACCAACGCCCACCUCGUCUUUGAUUCUCUCCCGGACACCAGUCUGGUAACUUGGCACUCUCUCAUGGCCGGCUAUAGUCGACUUGGCGACACCAACCAGGAACUCCAUCUCUUUGACAGACUCCAGGAAGAAGGAUUACGCCCAAACGGCGUGACCUUCGUCUAUCUCAUUUCAGCCUGUAGCCACGCCGGGAAGGUUGAUGAAGGCUCGAGACUCUUCCAGUUGAUGGUAUCCAAGUAUGGUGUCACCCCCAGAAUGGAACACUACGUUUGCAUGGUGGACCUCUUUGGACGGGCUAACCAACUGGAAGCUGCCGUAGACGUUGCGAGAACAAUGCCUUUCAAGGCCGAUAGUUUGACAUGGCUGACGAUUCUCGGUGCCUGUCAAAAGUGGAAGAAUGUGAGAAUAGGCAAAGAAGCGUUUGAGAACCUGUUGAAGCUGAAUGAGGAGCAGGACUCCGUGUACGCGCUGAUGGCAAAUAUCUACGGGAGCGUCGGCCUGUGGGAGGAGCAGUCCAAAGUAGAAGCCAUGAGAAAGAAAAGACUACAGAACAAGUCAACUUCGUUGAUGUCUGGUGGUUAA